UAAAGACCGCCCCAGAUGAAGAACAAUCUGCGCAAAAAAAGUCUUUUUCAAGUUACAAACUACAAUAGAAGCCCAAAAAGUGAAUAGAUUACAAAAGGCCCAAUAUCAGAUAUGAAUUACCAGCCCAAAUUUCUACCUUUCUCUACCAGUGAUGCAAACAGCACAGUGACAGUGAAAGUAACAUUUCCAGUCAAAUGAAUCGUUUUUCCGAUAAGAGUUCACCGGAAAAUGAAACCCUUGGUGGCAUCCAAUCAGGUUUUUGCAAAGAGGGGCAAGUUAAAAAGUGUAGAGUAGAGCCAGUAGUGAUUGGGGGUAUGGUCUUGGAUGUAAAUGCCACAUCUUCCAUGCAUGCUAAUCCAAGGACCACCACUCCUGGAAAGGUUAUCUUUUCAUUGGGUGGUGUGGCAAGGAAUGUUGCUGAUUGUAUUUCAAAGCUUGAAGCAAGACCAUUCAUGAUAAGCGCUGUUGGAUUUGACAUGGCCGGAAAUAUGCUACUGGAACACUGGGAAUCUGCUGGAUUAUCCAUAGAAGGUAUCCAGAGACAUCAGAAUAUUGAAACUGCUGUUGUUUGUCAUAUCUUUGAUCAGAAAGGUGAAGUGGCAGCUGGUGUAGCUCAUGUAGAGUCAAUAGAGAAGUUUCUCACUCCAAGGUGGAUAGAAAAGUUCAAGUGCAAAAUAAGCUCCACUCCGAUAUUGAUGGUUGAUGCAAACUUGAACUCUUCUUCUCUUGAAGCAUCUUGUCAAAUGGCUGCUCAGUUUAAUACUCCAGUCUGGUUUGAGCCUGUAUCAGUUGCCAAAUCUAGAAGAAUUGCUUCAGUUGUCCAGUAUGUAACUUUUGCAUCACCUAAUGAAGAUGAACUUGUAGCCAUGGCAAAUGCAAUAUCUGGCAGAGACAUAUUUCAACCAAUUCGCCAUAGUAGUACUAAGCUGUCCAAGGACUCUUUCUUCCAAAUGCUUAAACCUGCUAUAUCGGUUUUACUAUACAAAGGUGUUAAGGUAGUUGUUGUAACACUUGGAUCAGAAGGGGUACUCUUAUGUUCCAAAGGAAAGUCCAAUCUUCAGAAACUUGCUUUCAAGGAAAACCAGCCUUCUCACCUCAGUAGAGAGUUAUAUGAAGCUGUUAAUACAGUUUGCCCAAGGGAUCAAUUAUUUGGUGCUUCAAUGUGCGAGCAGAUCUCAAAUCUUUUUGCUGUCCAUUUUCCUGCACUUCCUGCUUCAGUAGUGAGGCUUACAGGUGCUGGAGAUUGCUUAGUUGGUGGAACGAUAGCUUCUUUGUGUGCUGGUUUAGAUGUCAUGCAAAGUGUAGCAGUUGGGAUUGCAGCUGCUAAAGUAGUUGUUGAAGUAGAAAGCAAUGUCCCUGAUGAAUAUUGUUUGGCCAAACUAGCAGACAAUGCAAGGUCUGUAUACUCUGGGGCCACCAUGCUUCUAUCUCAAUCCAAGCUGUAGGUCACCAAAGUAUGUGAGUUCUAUUGUUUAAUUCUAUUGCCUGUUCUUGCUGUAAUCUGAUCCAACUAAGAAAUCCUUAGAUUUGUGCCUCAUCACUUCUCUCUUCUUUUUCUACCCCUGGAAUACUCUUAAAAAAAUAUACUCAAUUAAAGCAGAACAAACAUUCCAAUGUUUCAAAAGCAUCCGUGCUUAUUUCAAAGAAAAACCAACAGAGGAAAAGUCUUCUGUUUGUCAUUACUCAG